AUGGCAUAACGCUUUUGCCUUGGUGGCCCCAAGGUUUCUGUCCCUUGAAGGAGGGCUGAGGGGGCUGGAAGGGAGGGUGGUAGGUGCGCCUUUGAGGGGAAGGAGGCCUGCUGGUGGGGACAAGAAGGGAAAGGAGGGUGCAUCUGUCCCCCAAGGGAAGGACAGGAAGGCUCUCGUGGCCGCUGUGGAUGCAGUGUUUGUCCAGCUGAAGGCAGCCCCACUCAGUUGACUACCUGAUGAGUGAUUUCCCCCAAGCUGACAGCUGCUCCAACACAUUUCACCUACAAGUCCUGACAAAGUGGUGUGUUCUUAUGGGGCUGUUGCGGCUGCAGCGGGCUUUUGGAAGAAUCUGGAAGAAUGGGGCUGCAGAGGACGACCUUGAUGCAGUCUCUCAGCAUCAGCUCCUUCUCUUCUUGCCAAGCCUCUAGGUGCUUUGGUUUAUGAGAAAUGGGGCUCAUCCUCUCAAACAGCCAUUAUGCUCUUAAUAAUGGUGCUGGAAAUAAAAUCACGGUGUGUGUUUAUGGUUCUGGAGUAAGCCCUUGGACGGGUCUCCCCUCGUGAGUAACCUUGUGAAGAGGCAUGGAGGUGGUAUCUGAAGCCCAAAAAGGUUAAAGGGCACAUCUGGUUUCACGCAGCUCCCGGGGUAAACUUAGGAUUUGGACCCAGGCCUCCUCAGGCCUGGCCCUCCUCCCAUCCACAGGGCCAACAGCGGGGUUGGGAGGCUUUGGGACAGACAAUCUGUGUGUGGGUGGGGGAGGCAGGUGACAAGAAUCAGUCUGUCCUUUGAGGGCUUGCAGGGAUCGAAAUGUGCCUGACAUUCAGCUUUUCCAUAUGAUUUCAAGCAUUUAUUGCCAUAGACCCAAAGCACCAGGGGCAGUGUUACCUUGGAGGAGCUGCUCAGUAAAUACCUCAGGUGCCUUUCCUGGGGAGCAGCAGCACCUGUUUCUUGGGCUUAUCGCUGACCUGCUGCAAUGCUGAGCGACUGCUUUGAGAGGAGGGUUUGGGGGAGACAGGCAUGGAGCACCCUUACCUUUCGGUUUGCCUUUUGCUUCGGACUCUGCUUCUCCUGGGUUCCAAGAUGCCGAGCUUCCAUUUCAAGGAAAACCUUCAUGUCAGUAUAAAACACAGGUAGUCGGAGGUGACGUCUUUGUUGUAGUUGACCUUCCUCUCCAGGAGACAGGGCUGGCGGGGUGGAAGGUGCAAGCAUGUGACAUGCUGGCUUUCGGAGGGGUGGCUGCCCGCGCCUUUGCAGUGGGUGGCUGGGCUGGGCGAAGCCCCGAGGCGGCUUAGGAAGGGUGGACCUGACAGGCCUCAGGAAGACCAGGCGGCUUCUUCAUCUCCCCUGCAUGCAUAUUAUAUUAGCAGGUGGCUGUGCUGUGCGAGCCCUGGGUCCCUGUUCCCUUUGUGCAAAGGCUCAGCAGCCCCUCUGUUUUGUGGGGGAGUCCUGCCAGGCAAGUGUGAGUCCAAACGGAGACCAGGGCCCUAGUGGUGCAGGGGCGGGGUGGGCUGCGUGAUAUUUUCAGAAUUCUCAGAAUGUGCCACUCAAAACUGCAGAUGCUUCCAGCAGGCAGUGGGAAAAUGCAGAGUUUUGGUCUGGUUAGGCCUUGACACUUAGUGUCUUUCGUUUCUUUCCUUCCUUCCUUCCUUCUUUCCUUUCCUUUCUUUUCCUUUUCUUUUUUCCUUCCUUCCUUUUUCGUUUGGUUGAGCCUAGGCUCUCAGUGUCUUUCAUCUUUCAUUCCUUCUCUCCUUUCCUUCUCUUUAAGAAAUCAAUAAGGCAAUCAAUUUUUAUAAGGUUUAGAUGAAUGCAAAUUAUUGUUUAAGUUUUAAAAGUUUAUAAAAAGAGUUACCUUCUGACAAAAGAGCCAGAAUACCAUCCCUUUCAAUGGGCACUGUGUCUAUAGCUUGUCUCCCCAGUCUUCAGCGUGGGUUAAAUUAGCCCUCACAAAAUGUCACAUUUUCCUGGCACAGCCAUCUGGGUAUUUGAUGAGGGCUUUGCAGUGCUGGGCAGGAACUGUGAGCUGUGGAAGCCACCAGUUGUGAGCCGUGAGACAGCCACUGGUGUUAGAGCUAGAACAGUGAUCAGACCUGAGCGCCACAGAUUGCUUCCAGGCCUUGGGUAGCGUGCAGGGAGUCUGGCUGGUAGGCGGGAGGCUUGCUCCUGUCCCUGGCAAAGGUUGGGAGAAGGUAGAGAGAAAAUUGUGAUGUUGCACAAAGGAAGCAAGAGCUGGCUGUCUCACAGGGAGAAGUCUGGGUCCUGGAACACCUGCCCAGUCAGCAAUGGGUGGCAUUGGUGAGGGUUUUUAGUAAGAAAUGAUGUUCCUUUGGAGCUGCCCCCCUUUUCUAUCUUGAGUCUCUGGGUUGGACCUCCAUCUGUCCUCCUGUCUUCUUGGAGACAGCUGGGGCUUCAGAGUGGGGGUGGCAUGAUUAGGGGUGAUGUGGCCCCUCCCUCCUGGGACUGUGGGUGACCCGGUUUGCGGGAGGUGGCCUUCUCCCCGGCUCCCAGCCCUAAGGCAAAUGCAGUGAGUGGAUCUGGGUCUGCUCCCAUCCCCACAGAUACCUCGCUGACUGGCUUUGAUCCUUAUUUAAACACAUUCCAUGAGUAUUAAGAUGACAGACACAUUGGUUUUGCUCCAAGCAAGUAGCCAUCCACCUUAGAGGGGCCCUGGGCCCUAAGGACAGGUAGAAGUUUGAAAGAGAGUAAGCCACAAGCCUUGCUGUUUCUUCUGAGAGCCCCGGAUGGGCCGGGUUUCUCUCCAUCUCACUCACCCCUUCUCCUGUUUUCAUUUUACCCAAAAGAAACUUGAGUCUCCUAGAAAUGAAGUGCCUCCUGGUCGCAUGGCUUCUUAGUGACAGGACUAGAAUUUAUGUCUUUUGAUUACCAGUUGAGCGCCUUUUCUGCUCUUCUGUAUUACCAUGAUCAGAGCUAAAUUGUUUUCUUUGAUUAUCUAAAUGCAUAUUUUACUAUAAGGAAGCAUGAGAUUGGGUGUGAAUAAUACUUUUUGAUGUAGGAGCAGGAUGAAGGGACGAAGCCAACUGGGGACAAUUGUGUAGCAAUACCUGAGAGCCUGGAGUUGUGAUCACAACAGAACACAAAUAUGUGCUAUAGCAAGGACCCCCUGCACUACCCUUCUCAGUUUCAAGAAGAAGUCAUUCUGCCUGUGUAAUUUUAUUAGGCCGAGACUUUUUCCGAUGGUUUAUUUUUCCGUUUGCUCACAGCCCAUAGGAGUGAGCCUGGGAGGGAAGCCAACACGUUUGCACUAUUUACCUACUCUCUGACUUUGGAACUUAGCAAAUCUGCUGUGUGUGGCUUUGUUUUGCCGAGUUUUACAAAUCAGGACCAUACAUUGUAGGCACAUCAGCUCACUUGGAGGGACCUAAUAGCUGAUUGUUGCUUUGAUAACUAUCUGUACAAAUAUUUAUAUGUUUCUGAUAGUCUUAAGUUGCAUUGUUGCAACAUGCAAAGCUGUCAGGUUUCCAGGACUUCUGGUAGUAAAGCUUCUCCAUGGAGUGAGGCUUAUUUUCGAUCUGACCUUUCCUCUCUGAAACCUUGUUAGCCUGUGAUUUUACCCAGUGCAACACAAGUCGUGGAGAAAGAAAUGUUAAUAUUACUCUGUUCCCAUCAUUCACUUGUAAAGUAACUGGAAGAAGAGGCCAUGCUGGAAUGUAGAGAGACUGGUGUAACUUCUCAGAAUGCAUCUUCCUGAUGCCCCUUCUUAAAUUUUCACAUGAAAUGAAGCACAUUGCUGUUAACAAGGAAGUAGUAUAGUACUUCGGAAAGACCUUUUUCCCUGCCACUCAGGCGAACACCUGAAAGAGAUCCUGUAAACCGUUUGGAAGUGACUAAUGCUAUUACAAAAGUGUCCUUCUUUUCCCUGAAGGACCCAUGGCUUCCUGGACAGUUACUUGUCAGUUUACAGAUCAUUAAGGAUUAGAGCUGCUAGACUAUGAACUCCUUGAGGCCAAGGAACGAGGCAAUGAAUGAAUGAAAUUGGCUGCUGUUACUUAUCCAGUAGACUGAAGAUAGUACUUCUGGAAUGAUGAUGUAAAUAAGUGCAAAAUUGGAUAUUCAGUGAUACCUUCCCAGAAAUGGGUCUUGUUUUGGAAGAUGCACCCAAGGGUGUCUUGUUUGGGAGAGGCUCAUGUAGUGGUCAGAGACCUCUAUUGAUUUAGUCGACCAUGGUUGGGACAAGCAGGUGAAGCCUUUCCCAUGUUACAGUUGAAGACCCAGAAGUGCUUGUGAGCCCAUGGGGCAAAGUUACUGGGUUCUAGAUGGUCCUGUAUUCCUGCUCUGGGCUGAGUAUUUCACAGACACUAUUUUAAUCAGUUUCCACAGCAACCCCAGGAGGCUGGCAGUACAAUAUUGGUAUGUGCAUUUUACUGAUGAAGAAACUGAAGCUCAGAGUGGUUAAGGAGCUGUGCUGAGUUACAUGGCCGUAAGGUCAUGGUAGAUGAAGAUUCCAGAAUCUAAUGAGGGAGCUCAAGUGCCCACCCUGCUGUGCCUGAAUUCAGGUGCCCCACUCUGAGCUCUGGGUUUGUGGUUCCAGGCCCGUCAGCCUUAUACCUGGCCCACUGGCAGGUGCUGUCUCUGGGGGUAGCAGCAUUAGUCUGGCUCUGGGCUUGGUCCCUAGGGGGUUGGAGGGGUGGCGUGCCCGUAGUUUAUACCUAGUGCUUUCUACUCUCGCCCAUCUUUCACAGGGCCUCACCCUCUUUUCCUACCAGAGACACUGUCUGCCUGGCUCCUGGGCAGGCUGCCUGUUCCGAUGUGCAUUCCUGCUGAUGUACAUUCCUGCCAGGAUUAUUGCUCUGGCCAGGCCACGGCCGCUCCCCACCUGGUCCUCUGCAGACAUGUCUGUCAGCCUGCAGGGGUGUGGCUCAUAGGCGGAGAAGUCAGAGGUGGCUCAGCCUGAGGGGACUGGUCCCGGGGAACCUCACCUGUCUGCUAUCUCCUCCCCACCUGGGCUGGCCUUGGGGAGUUUCACUCUCAGGACCACUUCUCUAAACACAGCCCUGCUGCUGCCCAGGUGCUACCCCCAGACCUUUCGGGGCCUCUGGGUUUUCCAGCUCGGCCGGAGGUGCAGGACUGUGGGAGUCCCAACCCUCAGUGCCCUGGGCAGAGCCCUGACAUGCAAUCGCUCUGGCAAGCAGCCUUAGGCAGGCCUGGGCAGAGGAGCGAGAGGAGCAAGAGGAGCGAGGGGAGCUGUGGCAGACCAGACGAGAGACAAAAGCCAGCUGGAGAGCGAGCCGCCCCGCCGCUGGCGGUGGGAUGGGUGCCCCUGCGGAGGGGCUGGCCCCAAAGCCUGCGGGCGGGGAGGAGUCAGGUUGGUGCCUGCUCCCUCAGAGUCUCUGAUCCGCUGGAGGCUAGCCAGCUGCUGGGGCUGUGUGGGGGCAGUGAACACAGGGUCUUGGAGUCUUGAUGGUUAUGGCAGGGAAGUGGUGGAGGAAGGCUGAGAUGGUGGAGUACUGGCAGCCUUGGCCCCUGCCCCCUUCCCCACACACACUGUGGCCCAGGUGUUGCCCCCUGACCCCCAGCUGUUUCAUGGCAGCUGCUCCCUUCAAGGCUGAACAGUUUUCUUCACGACGUCCACACACUUUGGUCCGGGGCAGGGGGGUCUCAUGAUCCUGGGGCCGGAGGGUAGGUGCAGGGCGGUUGGCGAACAUUGUCUUAAGAAGGCAGCCCUUUGAAAGCCUGUAAAGCCAGGUGCAUCUGAGUUCCUUUGUUGACUGGGUGGCCUGAAACAAGUUGACCAACUCCACUGAGCCUCAGGCUCCUUACCUGUAAAAUGGGUCUAAUUACCUUUCUGUCCACAGGGAAGAGAUGUUCCGCUCGACUCUCGCUUGCUCAGACGUGUUACAGAAUGUGUGUCUUUUCCCGGAGGUAGUGCUCUGGAGGGCAAAAGGUGGGGUUGUCUUGGGCCAUGAGCCCCAGCACUGUGGGCUGAGAGUGUGGCAGAGAUAGAGCGGGACCCCUGGCGGUCUGCUGGAGGGCACUGGCUGCUGACCUUGCUCAGCACGUAUGGCUGGCCAGAGCUCCCCCUGGCCUCCUCGGGCUCUGUGGCCAGACAUUGUCCUACAAGCUUGUUGGCUUCGGUCCAAAGAUGGGAAAAGGUCACGGCAGCCCUAAGAACCUGAGUUCCAGGGGACAUGCCAUGGGGUCAUCUCCCAGCUGGGUUGCCACUGUAGUGUUCUUCCUUUUCGGUGCCCGUGUGCAGAGAGAGUCAGAGGAAGUGAAAAUGGGGAGGAGCUGCUGCUCCUGUCUCGCCUCCCCUCACCCCACUUGUUUCCUGUUCCAGCAGAGAAACGUCAUUUCUCUGUGAGUUGGACAAUCAUCUGAGGUUGAUCAAGGUUUAUGGGUGAUUCAGAGAGAUGCAUAAGAUAAACUUCUGCACUGGAGGGGCCUCUCCUCCCCUCGUUCUGCACAUGGAGCUCUAAUCCCCACGCCCGGGAUGAGUGCAGAAUAUGCCCCGCAGGGUAUUUGUAAAGAUGAGCCCAGCAGCUACACAUGUACAACUUGCAAACAGCCAUUCACCAGUGCAUGGUUUCUCUUGCAACACGCACAGAACACUCAUGGAUUAAGAAUCUACUUAGAAAGCGAACACGGAAGUCCCCUGACCCCGCGGGUUGGUAUCCCUUCAGGACUAGGUGCAGAAUGUCCUUCCCAGCCACCUCUCCAUGGGAUUCAUAUUGCAGACAAUAACCCCUUUAACCUGCUAAGAAUACCAGGAUCAGUAUCGAGAGAGGCUUCCGGCCUGGCAGAAGGGCGCUUUCCACCCACUCCCCCCCUGUUUAGUCCACCACCGAGACAUCACUUGGACCCCCACCGCAUAGAGCGCCUGGGGGCAGAAGAGAUGGCCCUGGCCACCCAUCACCCGAGUGCCUUUGACAGGGUGCUGCGGUUGAAUCCAAUGGCUAUGGAGCCUCCUGCCAUGGAUUUCUCUAGGAGACUUAGAGAGCUGGCAGGGAACACGUCUAGCCCACCGCUGUCCCCAGGCCGGCCCAGCCCUAUGCAAAGGUUACUGCAACCAUUCCAGCCAGGUAGCAAGCCGCCCUUCCUGGCGACGCCCCCCCUCCCUCCUCUGCAAUCCGCCCCUCCUCCCUCCCAGCCCCCGGUCAAGUCCAAGUCAUGCGAGUUCUGCGGCAAGACGUUCAAAUUUCAGAGCAACCUGGUGGUGCACCGGCGCAGCCACACGGGCGAGAAGCCCUACAAGUGCAACCUCUGCGACCAUGCGUGCACGCAGGCCAGCAAGCUGAAGCGCCACAUGAAGACGCAUAUGCACAAGUCGUCCCCGAUGACGGUCAAGUCUGACGACGGCCUCUCCACCGCCAGCUCCCCGGAACCCGGCACCAGCGACUUGGUGGGCAGCGCCAGCAGCGCGCUCAAGUCCGUGGUGGCCAAGUUCAAGAGCGAGAAUGACCCCAACCUGAUCCCGGAGAACGGGGACGAGGAGGAAGAGGAAGACGACGAGGAAGAAGAAGAAGAGGAGGAAGAGGAGGAGGAGGAGCUGACAGAGAGCGAGAGGGUGGACUACGGCUUCGGGCUGAGCCUGGAGGCGGCGCGCCACCACGAGAACAGCUCGCGGGGCGCGGUGGUGGGCGUGGGCGACGAGGGCCGCGCCCUGCCAGACGUCAUGCAGGGCAUGGUGCUCAGCUCCAUGCAGCACUUCAGCGAGGCCUUCCACCAGGUCCUGGGCGAGAAACAUAAGCGCGGCCACCUGGCCGAGGCCGAGGGCCACAGGGACACUUGCGACGAAGACUCGGUGGCCGGCGAGUCGGACCGCAUAGACGAUGGCACUGUUAACGGCCGCGGCUGCUCCCCAGGCGAGUCGGCCUCGGGGGGCCUGUCCAAAAAGCUGCUGCUGGGCAGCCCCAGCUCGCUGAGCCCCUUCUCCAAGCGCAUCAAGCUCGAGAAGGAGUUCGAUUUACCCCCGGCCGCGAUGCCCAACACGGAGAACGUGUACUCUCAGUGGCUCGCCGGCUACGCGGCCUCCAGGCAGCUCAAAGAUCCCUUCCUUAGCUUCGGAGACUCCAGACAAUCGCCUUUCGCCUCCUCGUCGGAGCACUCCUCGGAGAAUGGGAGCUUGCGCUUCUCCACGCCGCCCGGGGAGCUGGACGGAGGGAUCUCGGGGCGCAGCGGCACGGGAAGUGGAGGGAGCACGCCCCAUAUUAGUGGUCCGGGCCCGGGCAGGCCCAGCUCAAAAGAGGGCAGACGCAGCGACACUUGUGAGUACUGUGGGAAAGUCUUCAAGAACUGUAGCAAUCUCACUGUCCACAGGAGAAGCCACACGGGCGAAAGGCCUUAUAAAUGCGAGCUGUGCAACUAUGCCUGUGCCCAGAGUAGCAAGCUCACCAGGCACAUGAAAACGCAUGGCCAGGUGGGGAAGGACGUUUACAAAUGUGAAAUUUGUAAGAUGCCUUUUAGCGUGUACAGUACCCUGGAGAAACACAUGAAAAAAUGGCACAGUGAUCGAGUGUUGAAUAAUGAUAUAAAAACUGAAUAGAGGUAUAUUAAUACCCUCCCUCACCCCCACCUGACACCUCUUUUUUUCCACCACCCGCCCCUUUCCCUAGCGCCCUCCAGCCCCACACCCUGUAGGAUUUUUUUCUAGUCCCAUGUGAUUUAAACAAACAACAAACAAACAAACAAAUAACGAAGCUAAGAAUAUGAGAGUGCUUGUCACCAGCACACCUGUUUUGUUUUUUUUGGUUUUUUUUUUUUUUUUUUCUUUUUUCUUUUUUCUUUUUUUCCUUUAUGUUCUCACCGUUUGAAUGCAUGAUCUGUAUGGGGCAAUACUAUUGCAUUUUACGCAAACUUUGAGCCUUUCUCUUGUGCAAUAAUUUACAUGUUGUGUAUGUUUUUUUUUUUGUUUUGUUUUUUUUUUUUAAAUUUAGACAGCAUGUAUGGUAUGUUAUGG